UUCGAGUGUUCCCCCAAACAAAAAAAUGGCUAAAAAACUACUGUCAAAACUCCGAAACCCAAAACCUCAAAAAUCAAAUACCCAAAAUCUAACCCGCACAAACUUCAAAUCAAAAGUGUCGAAUAGUAAAAAGAUUCUUUAAACCGCGCAAAACAGAAUUAAUUUUUGAAUCUCUCCCUCCCUCUCCUCUUCUCACUACAAAGUUCAGUUUUUCUCAGUAGUCACAGUUCACUCGUACCCUUCGCUGCUUCUGUUUCUCUCUCUCUCUCUGUUCGUCUAAAUUCUAAACAGAGACUGAGAGAUAGCAAUGGCGGAUCAAGAGAACUGCGUACGAGUCACGCGAUUGGCGAAGAAGAGGGCCGCCGAAGGAAUGGCCGGAUCGAAGUCUCACAAACAUCAUCAACCUCCAACCAAGAAGCGAGUCAUUCUGGGUGAGCUUACGAACUUGUCGAAUGAGCCGGCGACGAGGGAUCUGGGUUCGGAGCCGAAGAAGCCGAAAUCCAGGGCUGCGAAGAAGGUCAAGAAGGCAGUGACCACAUCGACGACUACGACGAAGGACAUUGAUUCGAAAUCGGAAGAUCCCCAAAUCUGUGGUGCUGAUGUAUCUGAGAUAUACGAGUAUCAGGACGUUGAAUCGGAGGAUCCCCAAUUAUGUGGUGCUUAUGUAUCUGAGAUAUACGAGUAUCUUCACAACAUGGAGGAGGCGAAGAGGAGACCAUUGCCAGAUUACAUUGAGAAGGUCCAGAAGGAUGUGAGCCCUAACAUGAGGGCAAUUUUGGUGGAUUGGUUGGUGGAGGUUGCAGAGGAAUACAAGCUUCUCUCUGAUACUCUGCAUCUAUCUAUCUCUCACAUGGAUAGAUUUUUGUCAAUGAAUGCUCUCAACAGGCAGAAACUCCAGUUGCUUGGUGUUUCUUCAAUGCUCAUCGCAUCAAAGUACGAGGAGAUCAACCCUCCAAAUGUGGAUGAAUUUUGUUACAUAACCGACAACACAUACACAAAGAUAGAGGUGGUAAAAAUGGAGGCUGACAUACUCAAACAUCUCAAGUUUGAAGUGGGCAGUCCCACAAUUAAGACAUUUUUAAGAAAAUUCACUGCUGUUGCUCAAGAAGAUUACAAAAUUCCAAAUUUGGAGUUGGAGUUCUUGGGUUAUUACCUAGCAGAGUUAAGCUUGUUGGAGUAUGGCUGUGUGAAAUUCUUGCCUUCUUUGGUGGCUGCAUCUGUAGUAUUUCUUUCACGGUUUACAAUCCAACCAAAGUUGCAUCCUUGGAGUUUGGCCCUGCAACAUUUCUCUAGCUACAAACCUGCUGACCUAAAGGAAUGUGUUCUUAUCAUACAUGAUUUGCAAUUAAGUAAAAGGGGAGGUUCUUUGGUUGCAGCAAGAGAUAAAUACAAGCAACAUGAGUUCAAAUGCGUCUCGACAUUGUCCUCUCCUCAGGAGAUACCAAAUUCUUUUUUUGAAGAUGUUAAAGAUUCAUAGUGAGGGUUAGAGGAGAAUUAGUUGAUCUUGCUUGAUUGAUGGGGAGAUGAUUGUCUUGAAGAAUGUUCUUGCAUCGGAAGGUAGCAUUCAGAAAACUCCUGCUGGUUAAUUGUGUUUGAUAAUUGCCGGUUGUUUUGCUGAUUUGGUUGUUUUGGGCUGCUGGUGUGAUCAAUUUCUGCUGGACAGUGGUUACUAAUAUUAGUGUGGUAGUUCUUCGUGACAUGUUUAAUUUGUAAUAAUUGGAUAGUGUGGGAUUUUGUUAGCAUAUGGUUCAUUGCUUAAUAGUUUUUGAUUAGGUGGUCUCAUGACCUUUUUUAUCUUUGAAAUCUUUGAUUUAGAUCUUUCUCAUGUAAACUCAAAAAUUAUUAUAAAAUAACAUCUGACAACAAGAGCAUCAUACAGCA